AUGCCAUCUGCAUCAGGAUUAUUGUUUGCUACAUUCCUAGGCUCUGCCACUAGAAGAUUACAAGUCCAACUUGUGGGUAAAACCUAUCCAAGAGGAUGGGAUAGAGUUCCCGGUUAUAUAUUAUCAUCAGGAUUAUUCAUAGGUGGAUAUCUUGUGUUUGAUAGUUAUAUUCAAAGUAAUAGAAAGUUAUUGGACAGAAGAUUGGCUAUUUUACGUGAACAAAGAGCUGUCAAGGAUGUGUUUUAUGAAUUUGAAGAAGAACCAGAUCAUAGACAAACUGCUGAUAAGAGUGGUAGAUUCUUUAGAUUAUUUGAUAAAUUUGGUGCUCCAUACAAAUAA